AAAUUGAAAUGACCUAGCAUUAGUACAAAACUGGAAUAGUCAAACAUCUUACACAUUAUUUUUCAUCUCAUAAAAAAAAUCGGCCCUGUCGAGGGCGGAAACGCACCAAAGUCAAAGGGGAUUCGGGAAUUAUUUUGCCUCAGCUAUGCCACCUAAAUAAAUCCACCCCUGCUAUAUAUAAGUUAAUCACGUGACGAUCACAAAGGCCAACAAGACCAGGAAGAAAAAUACCGUAAUCGCCAUGUUGGAUUUUUGUAAAGAAUAUCUCUUAAAAUCCCAUCAAAGUGUCUGACUAUGGACCCUGAGUACAGCCUUCAGGAUGUGUUACGGUGUCAUCUCUGUGAGACCCCGGGCCCCCCCUAUGUACUGUGUCAUUUGUAACAAAUAUCUGUGUAAAGCAUGUGAGGGGGACCAUAUAUCAGAUUUUUCUAAAGAACACAAAGUGGUGCCAUUUGAAAAGAGGGGAUAUACUCCAAAGUGUCAAAAACAUCCCUCAAAAAUAUGUGAACAUUACUGUAAACAAUGUGGCAUUCCUAUUUGUGCAACAUGUCUUUCCUCUGAAGAACACAAUGACCAUCAUUUUUUUGAAAUAACUAAAACCAUGGACAACAAAAAAGAAAUCAUUCAAAAAAAUUUACGUGAACUAGAGAAAACCAUUUAUCUUAAAUAUCAAGAGAUUGCAUCCAUUAUCACAGACCAGAAAUCUGCUCUGAAUGAAAACUCAAAGAAAUUAACAACAGAAAUCGACAAACACGGAGAAGACUUGCACAGAGAAAUAAACAUCAUUAUCAGAAACAUGAAAUCUAACGUGGAGGAAAUGGACACCAAACACCUGGCUGUCUUAGACAAACAGGAAGAUGAAAUUAAACACACCAUUUCUGAAAUCACACAGACCAUUACUGAACUGAAGACGUUACUGGACUCCAAUGAUAUCAGCCGUGUCUCUGCCUACAAAUCCAGGAAUGAUGAAUUCAGAAGAUUGCCUCCUAAACUCACAGUGUCCUUACCAAGUUUUACUCCUCAGAAGAUCAACCAAGAACAGCUUUAUCAACAGUUUGGUUCCCUGUCAGCAUCAUCUCUCGAAAAAGAAGAACAUGGCUACACAAUGGAAUCUCCUGGUGCUGAGUCCUCUCCCCCGGACAGACCGCUCAUUGAUGUACCACGGAUCAUCACACAGAUAAACAUUGAGUAUGGAGGAUUUAAUCCAUUAACCAGUGUGUCCAGUCUGAGUGAUGAGGAGAUGUGGACGCGUGGUUAUAAUGACAGUAUCAUGGGACUGUACAACCUCAGUGGGAAACUAGUGAAGUCAGUCCAAACCAAGUCAGGGAACGAUCCACGGGACAUAGCAGUGACAAGGAGUGGGGAUCUAGUUUAUACUGAUUACUAUGAUAGAACUGUGAACAUAGUGAAGAAUACACAGAUACAGACAGUGAUCAGACUACAGGGGUGGAGACCUCACGGUGUCUGUAGUACCUCCUCUGGUGACCUCCUGGUUGUCAUGGACAGUGAUGAUGGUAAACAAACAAAAGUUGUGUGUUACUCUGGCUCCACAGAGAAACAAAGUAUUCAGUACGACAACAAAGGACAACCUCUCUAUUCAUAUGGUAGAUAUAACAUUAAAUACAUCAGUGAGAACAGGAACCUAGAUAUCUGUGUGUCAGACCAUGGAGCCCGUGCAGUAGUGGUGGUCAAUCAGGCCGGGAAACUCCGGUUUACCUACACUGGUCCUCCCUCUACUACCAAGGAACCAUUCAAUCCACUCAGCAUCACAACAGACAGCCAGGGUCGGAUCCUGACAGCAGACCGUAACAACCACCGUAUCCACAUCCUGGAUCAGGACGGACAGUUCCUCCGCUACAUUGACAACUGUGAUUUACAGGAUCCAUGGGGUUUAUGUGUGGACACCAGAGACAACCUCUUUGUGGCUGAGUUAACAGGUAAAGUGAAGAAAAUACAAUAUAACAUGUAAACAAACAGUGUUUAUAAUAAUCAAACUAUUUGUUUAUUUAUUUACAUGUAACAUUAGUGAAGGAAAUCGAAAUUACAAAUGAAACAAACCAUGUUUUAUAAUAAUCAAAUGGUUCAUGAUAUUGAAUUACAUUUAAAUAAAGUAAAUAUUACAUGUAAAUAAAUUAUUUUUGUUUGAUAAUUUAUAUUGUUUACAUGUCAAUCAACAAUCUGUAUUACAUUUUGUAUGUGAACAAACUACAUAUAACUGACUGUGUUUACAUAAUAUAUGUCAACUGAUUGUUUUAUGCAUUAAAUGUAAACUGUGUUUAUAUAUUGGAUGUGAUUGUCAACAGACCAAAUGUGGUGAUUUAAAACUCCAAACAUUGCGUGCCAUCAAACUGUGUGUGUAAUAUUAUUAUAUUUAAUAUAUGUUAAAUUUGAAUACAAUGUAUAUUGUUUAUAUGUGUAUAUUAAAUAAUAAAUGUAA